AUGUUCCGCUUCAGCAAAACCCUGGACCCAAUCACCCUCUUCCACUCUCCCAGCCUGGCAUCGUCGACACGAGCCCUCAACAUCCUAAAACAAGCCUCCUCGACCGCCGGCGAAACCGCCACAGAGGACCAAGCAAGUGAUCACUCCCGCCAUGCCAAGCAGCAGCGUGGCGAGUUCGAGCUGGAGGUGACCACCUCCCCUCCCACAACCGACCAGCUGCGCAGUAUCCUGGAUUACAUCUCGCCCCUUAGUGGUGUUGGUGGACAGGGUGAGAAGGCUACGUAUGGUGUUGCUGAGUUGGUGAAGGGAGCUCGUGAUGCGGAGGAUGCGCUUAAGAAAUUUAAGGAGGAUAAUGAGAGCUUCACUCGGCCUGUGACUGUUGACUGGGUCAAUGGCCGUGCUGUCAUUGGUGAUGGCGAGUCUGAGAUUUUGCGUAUGGUGCGCCAGCUUCCUACCUACUAG